UCCAUCCGCCAGCUCCUCCGUUCGAUUCCAUUGAUUCUGGCCCGUAACGCCACCAAAACCCCCCGUCGGAUUUACCGGAUUUACCAGUGCCCAGUCGAGCGCCUGGCAAUCGAACUGUUGGCCGAAUUGGCAUUGGCCAGCUCCUCUUAGCCGUCGGCAAGUGAAAAAUCAGUGAAAAAAUACGAAAAACUAUACGAUAUAAGACCCCGGUACGGAUCACCACCAAAAACUAGCUCGGAUCAAUCGCAGAUCACCCCCGGAUUAUACAUAUACCCACAGAUUAUACACCUCCGUUUAGUGCGCGACUCCAUCGGUGCAUCGUAACUUUAAGAUUUGCUUUAUAGUUUUAGUUAAAAGCAGAAAUUAAUAUUAAAUGACAGUGCACAGUAAUGAAACCGGUAUCUGUUUAGUAAUGAAUGCCGUUUCAACUCACCUUGCCACCUCGUCGCCCAACACGCCUCCAACCAACGCUCCGCAGAGUCCGCCCUCGACGCUGCCCACGCUCGCCUGUCCCGCCGCCCAGCCGCUGAGUGCUCCCGGGAUCUCCGGGCCAGGCCACAGUGGCAUGGUGACCUCGACGGUGCCGCCGGGCGCCCGCUCCACCUCGCCGUGCGGUCCGUCCGCCGGCCUGCCCGCCCUCUCGCUGGUCGGCGGCCCGCCCCCGGGACCGCACUCCUCCGCCCCCGGAGGAGCCUCGGCUCCCGGGGCGGGCAAUCCGCCCAACCGCUGCUGUGAUACCGGUCGCACCAUCUACACGGAUCCGGUCAGCGGCCAGACGAUCUGCUCCUGCCAGUACGACAUGCUCAACUACCAGCGCCUGGCCGCCGCCGGAGGAGUGCCCCUCGGCGUCUAUCCGGAGGGCAUGUCCGCCUACCUCUCCGGCAUUGCGGCGGACCAGCCGCCGUUCUACGCCAAUCCGGCUGGCAUCGAUCUGAAGGAGAACCUGGUGGCCGGAGCAUCGCCCUGGCCAUAUCCCUCGAUGUAUCACCCAUACGACGCGGCCUUCGCCGGUUAUCCGUUCAACAGCUACGGCAUGGAUCUGAACGGGGCCAGGAGGAAGAACGCCACCCGCGAGACCACCUCCACCCUGAAGGCCUGGCUGAACGAGCACAAGAAGAACCCCUACCCCACCAAGGGCGAGAAAAUAAUGCUGGCCAUUAUCACCAAGAUGACGCUGACGCAGGUGUCCACGUGGUUCGCCAACGCGAGAAGAAGACUGAAAAAGGAGAACAAGAUGACCUGGGAGCCGAGGAAUCGCGUCGACGACGACGAUGCCAAUAUCGACGAUGACGACGAUAAGAACACGGAGGACAAUGAUCUGCUAGAUGCCAAGGACUCCGGCGUGGGCUCCACGGACGACAAGGACCGUUCCGGCCGCCUGGCCGACAUGAUGGCCGACCGCCCCGGGGAGAGCAACAACAGCGAGUGGUCCGAGUCGCGGCCAGGAUCGCCCAAUGGAUCACCGGACCUCUACGACCGCCCCGGCAGCAUGCCGCCGGGCGCCCACCCCCUCUUUCACCCCGCCGCCCUGCACCACCACUUCCGGCCGCCGGCGGGAUCGCCACCGGACAUCGCCGCCUACCACCACCACCAGCAGCAGCUGCUGCAGCAGCACCAGCAGGCGCAGCAGAACUCGCUGCAGACCGCGGUGGGGGGCACGGCGAAGCCGAGGAUCUGGUCCCUGGCCGACAUGGCCUCCAAGGACAGCAAGGACUCGAGCUCCGGGGCCAAGGACAGUCUGCCCGAGCUACCGCCCGCGCAUCCCGGCUUUUAUGGUCAUCCAGGUCAGCAGCCCUCGCCGGGGAAGAUUCUAUCGCCCCUGGCCGCCCGGAUUCCCAACUACUCGCCCUACGUCCGCCCGGACCUGUACCGAGGAUUCUACGGACCAGCUGCGGCGCACCUGAGCGCUCCCACGCAGGAGUUCCUCGAGCAUCAGCGCAGCUUUGGAGCCAGCCUGGCGGCCCACAACGGACCACUCGGAAUGAAUCCGCUGCUGUGGAAGGCGGCGGUGUCGGGAGCCGCCAAUGGACCCCACUUCGCACCGCUCAGCCUGACCACUUCGGGUGGCUCCGGCGGAGCCCAGCAGGUGGCGCCGCCGCCCGUGGCCUCGCCCUCCGCCUCCAGUUCGUCCUCCUCGAUGGGCUGCGAUGUGGUCCACAUACCCACGAGCAGCGGCCAGUCCGCGGCCCAGCACAUGAUGGGACCAAUAUCCAGCAACUCCACCGCCUCGUCAUCCAGUUCGCACUCCGGAAAGAUAUCGCCCGGCGUGAAUGUGACCUCGCUGAGUGCAAAGCCAUGACAUCCAUCGGCGGCUUCUCCGGAUCCGGCCGCCCCCGUGGCCUCGCCCAUUUCCGCCUUCCGCUCGCUGAUCGCCUUCCGGGAGCAGCAGAAGCUCACGCUCCUGCGGCCGUAGUCACUUCCAGUUUCGAAUCAGAUACAGAUACAGACGCAGACGCAGAUACCAAAUCCGAUUUCGACUUCGAGGCCCGGGCUUGAAAGGUAUAAUUACACUUUCGGACAAUAAUUUACAAUGUGAUUAUUCGGUAUUUUGAUUAACGCCGCUUAUACCAAAUAGCAAGCAAAAUGAGAGGGAAAAACCAGCUGAAAUGCAGCGGUUCCUUUGGCAUGGGCCCCCAAAAAUGAGUAAACCAAUAAAAUUCGACAAAAAAAAUGUAAUGAAAAACCGAACCGCUGCCCCAGACGUUGUGCAAUUUUGUGGAGAAGAUAAUCCAAAAACCAUUUGAAGAUACGUUAAUUUAAUUACAUACAACUUAUGCAAUCAGAGCUUAUAGGAUGUAAAUUGGAAGAUAUAUAGCAGGGCGACAUCAAUGAAUACAUACAUA